AUGGUGUUUAUCAGUGUAUGGAGAUUCUCUCAGGGGGGAAGGAUUCGAAGUCAUUUUAAUAGAGUGCAUUUAACGAAGAAUAAUUUUUUGCCCUUGUGUAUUAGCAGCUUGGAGGGGCGUGAAGGAAGGCUUUUUCAGAGUGCCUUAUUGUCCACAGUUAUUUCGUCGUCUGGAGGAUAUAAACAUGGGGGUGCUUGGCAUAGAAGCAGAAGUGUCUAUCUUUGUAACCCUCCCAUUUUCAGUGAAGGUUGUCGUAGCAGUGUAAAUGGCAGUUAUUUUAUCCACCCCUUUCACAGUGGUACACCCCACAGGGGAGGAAUCCUGAGAGGAAUGGUGCACCCAUCCCUGCUGGGCAUGCAAAAGAAGUGGACAACGUGGGGUGCUAAUUUUAACUCGAUUUCGAAAGAGAAAGAGCCUUCACAUGGUGAGGCAGAUUCAAGGAGGAGGGGGGACCAAGCGGAAUGGACGCGCGCAGGUAAAAAUGGGGAACGGCAGAACGGAGAUGGAGGAGUAGGCGAAGGGGGGGGAAAUGAAGCAGAAACAGAUGGAUGUCCCAAUGGGGAGAGAGCAGCGUCACGUGAACGCCCCAAUGGGAACUAUCUGCAGAACACACACUCACUCCUGGUGACUAAAAAAAUAAAAGAGGCAUUAAGCAAGCUGAAGGACAAGAACAGUUACAAGGUUAUUUCGAAAAAAAUUAAAAAGGAAAAGAACAAAAUAAACGCACUGCUCUCCAUCUACCACUUAAAAAAAGGAAGCCUGAAGCAAAACUUCAAUGAGCACAUUUACAGGAAGGCCAUUAUACACACGAAGACCAAAAUUUUUCAGGCUUUAAAAAAGAACAAGCAAAGAUCCUUGAUUGAUAUUUACUACGAGGAGAAACGAAAAUAUAAAUUACGUAAGGAGAAGUUGCUGGAAGUACAGGGUAAAUUAAUUACCAACUCGAGGUUAGCACAAAUGAAUGUAAAGAAGUUUUUCCAAAAAUAUGGGUACGUGGGAUUAGGAACCUACUUCGUUGUAUUCUUUUUAACUUUUUCAUGCUGCUACUUCUUUGUCCAUUUCAAAUACAUUUCCUUGGCUGACAUAACUUACUGGUCAGAAAAAAUGCACUUAACUAAAUACAUGAGUGAUGACCUACAGAAGAAAAUUGAUUCUUUAUGGGGGGAACUCAUUUUCGCAUACAUCGCUUCGAAGAUAACUGAACCCGUUCGAAUUGUGAUUACCAUUCUGAUUACUCCCUACAUUGCCAAGGUGAUUAGACUGAAGAAGAGCAGUCGGAUCAAAUCUUUGUAA